AUGUUCAUCAUUUUUUUUUCUUUUUCUUUUUUUAUCCGCCAGACCCGUAUUCUAGUUUCCACAUGCACUUUCUUAACCCUGGGCUACGUUCGUUCAUUUCACGUAGCUUAUUUCACUAUUGGAGCCGUGUUCACGGCUGUGUUAGCAAAAAUUCUAAAGCAUAUUGUACGGCAACCCAGACCGCAGGGUAGCAACAAACGCAGCAAGAAAAGCUGGUCGUCUGCCUACGGUAUGCCGUCAUCCCAUAGUCAAGCUAUUGCCUUUUUCACCGUCUACAUCCAUCUUCUUAUUACCACAUCUACCGCUUUCACCUAUCCUGUCGUGACUUGGCUGUGCUUGGGCUGUGCCCAUACCUUUGCCUUCGCCGUCAUUUGGUCCCGAGUUCGGUUACGCCACCAUACGCCGGCCCAGGUACUUGUAGGCACCCUUCUAGGUAUAUCCAUGGCUUACAUCUGGUUCACCCUGUGGGACACCAAGAUCUCUCGAUAUCAAGCCCUCAUAGGGGACGACGUGUUCAUUUAUGCAUUAAACACGAUACGUCAAAUAUACCAUGAGCAAUAG